CGAGAAUUCGAGAUCCCGCGCCGAUACGAGAAAUCGCCUCUCAGCUCCACCAAGCCAUCAAUCACGAAGAGGCUUUCAGAAGAAAACUCCACCCAUGUCCAUUCCAGUCAUGUUCGUUCCGUCGAUGCUGGUUCCAUUUUCACAUUUGCUUGUUGAAUAUCCAUGGGCACCGAAAAUAGUCUGCGGUGCCUGGAAUUGUCCGAUAGCAAACGAGUCAGAAGCUUCCUUGCUAUCCGUCCGAGACAGAUGUCAACAAGGAGAUGCCUGCGAUGGACAUAGCGAUCCACAACGCCGGGUUCGUAUCCAGGAUGCCGAACUAGGGACGAUCCGCCUCCCGAGGGACCACAUCCGACAGCUGCCGAGGACUUGCAGAUGGAAAUUCUCCGUUGACGUUGGGAUGGGCAGUCAGUUCCAUGAGGAGGUAACCAUUGGGACAUCAAUGCUGACCGUUGACGGAUUGAUUGGUAGUCAUUGGCAGCAUUUCAUCCAUCAAUGCAAUCAUUCCAUGAAUGUGUCCAAUGAACCGGACAUUUGGUCUGGACUCUGCAAGUUGACAGGUCCCAGUGUCGGUGCGCUGCUCCCUUCUGGGUGAAACAUGCAGUUUACCAGGUCGUUAAGAUGAUUGCAGUUUAGCCCGGCUGGCC